UGUGGACCGUCGGAAGACUCAUUGAGAGAUACAAGACAAGGGUGAGUGAAGACACGAGCCUACAAGCCGUGGAGUUCGACUGGCGACAUCAGACAGCGGAAGAGUACUUCCUGACAGAAGAACAUGUGACAACGUUCAAUCUGGUCCAUGCAGUCCAUGUUCUCUACCACGUAAAAGACCUCCACGCCACCUUGCGGAACAUGUGGGAACAGCUGGCAGACGGUGGUCACAUGGUGGUCGAGAUAAAGUCGGAUAAUGGUGUCGGUGGAAGGUUGUACUACAAGUUGUGGGCGGAAUUCGGCGACGGUGACCGCCUAAAGUCGGUGUUCCGUAUGUCGUGCGACGUCAAACAGUGGCUCGACAAAAUGGACAUAAGCUACGUUACUUCUGAAGAAGAAACCAACAUCGACGUCACCGAGUGCUUCAAGGAGAACUCUAAGACAGGGAUGCGGCUUCUUGAAUUCUUCACGCUGACACCUUACAUAGCUAAGGAGCCGGAAAUAAGAUCUACAGUACUGGAGUAUAUCCGCUGUAAUUCGUCGGUGGUUGGUGAUAAGGUUUUCUUCAAAUCGGUAUCUGAAGUUAUCGUCGCCCAUAAGAGACAGUAGGCAGUCAACAACGGUUAAGUCCAUCUAAAAUAUCUACAAACAUGCAGUUGUUACAUGCACUUUCUC